GGAAGUGCUGGUAAGGACUGCGGACCUCUCCCACGCUGUCUCUAUGGGCGGUUUGCACUCAGAGAGGCUUGACCUGUGAUAAUGGGGGGAGUUGCUGUACAAAGUGAAGGGAUGUAAAGCGCCCUCCAGGAUAGCAGGUUAUGAAGCAAUGACUUUUUCUCCAGCAUCAUGUCUGAAAAACAGCAGGAUCUGCUAGGACUGGGUCGCCUUGAGUAUCUUCAAGCCCUAGUUACCGAAUUCCAGGUAACAGAAAGUUCUGAAGCCAAGGAGCAAGUGCUGGCUAAUCUAGCUAAUUUUGCUUAUGAUCCCAAGAACUAUGACUAUCUCCGGCAGCUCAAGGUCUUGGACCUGUUCCUGGAUACGCUCACAGAGGAUAAUGACACCCUUGUGGAAUUUGCACUUGGUGGCCUUUGUAACCUGUGCUUGGACAAAAUCAACAAAGACUACAUCUUGGAGGCUGAUGGGGUAGCUGCUGUCAUCAACUGCCUGUCAUGCUCCAACGAGGAGACCGUCAUGUCUGCAGUUACCGCUCUGAUGUACCUGACCACCCCCCAGUCCCGCCAACAGAUCACCGCUCUUCCCGUAGUGGAGUGCAUGCUGCGUUUCUCUCUCUCAGCCAACAGGAGGCUAUCCAACCUGGCAACUAUCUUCCUUGAAGACUACUGCAGCCCUCUGCAAGUAGAGGAGGCCAGAAACCUCACCAAACACACAGCUCUAGGGAUCCCCCUACCAAAGAAUUAAUGCAUCAGUGAGACAUUUCUUCCUGUGCCUGUAUGGGAAAACUUAGUCAUAAAGGGGAGAAAUCAAUCCAGAAAUUCUGAGCUUGCAAAUAACUAAGUAGGCCAGGCCUACUUAAUUCUCUGUCAUUUUAGGGGCUCCUGCAAAAUUCACACUUUCCAGUUAUGUUAAUUGCUUUUUAAUUAACACAAAUGCCAUUUGGAAGAAUGAAAAGCUGCCAAAGAGGCCUUAGUUAUUAAUAAUUAAUUAUUAUGAAUAAUUAAUUUAGUUAUUAAUAGUUAUUAUCUGCCUGAUACUGGUUCUUUUAACUGAUGUUAGUAAUUUAAUUAUGGCCCAGUAAAGCAGAAGGUGGCAGAUUAUUGUAUCACGAGAGACAUUAGUUCUUGAGUCUGGGGCCUUUAUCACUUUUCAUCUGGCCUUGCAUAUAUCAGCUCCAGAGAUCUUUAACAGCAGGGGUGUUCACCCAUUUUGAGUUUCAAGGGCCAAACUCCCCACCCAACAGACACCCAGGACACAUUCAUUAUUUCACAGUUGUCACCCCCCCCCCUUAUAAUCCUAGGCACUUCCUCCUGGUGCCACUGGGCAUACCUGGUUGCAUCCUCUGACACUGCUGACAGUACCUGAAUUGGCCCCUCUACCCACAAGAGAGGAAGGGAGAAAAGGAGAGGCUGGAGGGCAGAGAGAUGGGAAUGGGGUGAGGAAGGAAGCCAGUGCUCGCGCUGGAGGCUCCAUGCAGUUACUCACUCAUCGGUGAGGUGGCAGAGCUGGUUCUGCCAUUUGUUCACCUCGCCUGCCUGCCAACCACAAAAGGGCACAUGAGGCCAGUGAGCUGGAGAAGCACCUCUGUGCUGCAGGGACCUCAAGACAGCAGGAAGGCAAUCAGGCAGCAAAGCAAAAAAAGCUAUUCCCUGUCUGGCAGUCUGUGGGAACGGACUAGUUGACAUUUUUGGUGUGCGACACAUUUGACACCUAUUUUACAGUUUUGUUUACUAAAACAAUUAUAAAGAUACAACACA